AUGAGGGCAAUUUUUUACUAUUUGUGCGCUUUCGGUUUAUGCGCCCACGCAUUUGGUGUGGAACAAGAGCAGAAAAAUAGCAAAGACACUACGACCGCUGAAGACAAGAAGCAAAACAAAAGAGGAAUAUUUGACUUGGGAUAUGGUUCGGACUCGCAGUUUGGUUACGAGCACGAGGUCGGCGCAGAAGAUUUUGGGCACCAUGGCCACGGUAAGGUUUUAUCCAAGACAAUAAUCAAAGAAAUCGCACAGCCUUAUCCUGUAGAAGUAGAAAAACAUGUACCGUAUCCAGUCAAAGUUCCAGUGCCUGUAGAUAAACCAUAUCCCGUACAUGUUCCCAAACCAUAUCCAGUCCACGUAGAAAAGCCCGUUCCUUAUGAAGUCAAAGUUAAGGUGCCUCAACCGUACACCGUUUAUAAACACGUGCCGUAUCCAGUCAAAGUGCCCGUCGACAAACCCUAUCCCGUCCACGUACCGCAACCCUAUACCGUCUAUGUCGAAAAACGUGUCCCGUACGAGGUCAAAAAACACGUCCCAUAUCCAGUCAAAGUUCCAGUAGACAAACCCUAUACCGUUCACGUGCCCGUAGAAAAGCACGUGCCUUAUCCAGUAGAAAAACCUGUACCUUAUCCAGUCAAAGUUCCAGUCGACCGUCCAUAUCCAGUCACUGUGGAGAAACACGUGCCCUAUCCAGUAGAAAAGCCGGUACCAUAUCCAGUAGAAAAGCCUGUGCCUUAUCCAGUAAAAGUUCCCGUGAAAGUUCCAGUUCCAGUACCAUAUGAAGAACACCAUGAUCAUCAUGAUGAACACGAAGAAGAUUCGCAAUCAAAAUACGAACAAGAAGAACAUAGUAGUUAUUAA